GGCCUUGACAAACUAGGAAAAUUAAUCAAUCAGUGGGAGUUCAACCUAAUCCAAUCGGGUAUGGUCAGUAAAGACGUUCAAGAAGCCCAGCUACGAGCGCAACAACGAGUCCAAAUGACUCGUCGACUGGAGAAACAGUGGCGUGCGAAGACAGAUCCACCUGUGCAGGGUUUUGUUGAUACGUCUGCAUUGGAACAUGCAAAGUAA